UUACAUCUUUGUCUACAAAUACGAAUGCUAGUACACCAAAAGUUCCACCACAAGCUACGUCUCAACUUACUGCAUUUAUGCAAACAGUACUUCAAUCUGUUAAUCCAAUACAAAUAUUGGCUAUUCAAGAACAUUUGUGCCAUCCUCAGGUGGCGGCUCAUAUGUCUAUCAAGCAAAAAAAUACAUUAAUUAGUCAAUUAACGAUAAUCCAUCAGUUGUUAAUGUCGACACAAUUAGCACAACAGAAAUCUCAGCAGAAAUCAGUUCAUUUACGAACACAGUCUCCUGCAAUGAAAGAAACCAAAAAUGAUAAAUGGUUGUUUCCAAAAGAUGCAAUACUAGAAGCAUUGUCAAUGUCAGAACUUUAUGAU